UUUUUUUUUCAGUUUAUUUAUUUAAAAUGCCUAGGUAGUUUUUGGCCUAUUUUUCUGGUUGUGAUGUCUUCUCUAAUUAGAAUUGUCUUUCUCCUCUUUUGUCAACUGCCAUGUAUUCAUCUCUUCAAUUUGGACACAGAAUAUCCUAUUUAUAAAUUUGGUUCGCCUAAUUCGUGGUUUGGAUUUUCUGUAGCUGCUCAUUUUAGAAGCGAUGGUCCGAGUAUCCUUGUCGGCGCCCCAAAAUGGACUUCAGGUCAACCAGGAACUUUAAAAUCUGGAGCAGUCUAUGCCUGCAAACCAGACUCUACCAAUGGAAAUCAAUGCCAACUUCUUUCAAUUGAAUACCCAAAUUUGCAAGAUGCCAAAAAACCUCCAAAUUUGUUGCAUGGUAAACAUUUACACCCUGAGGGAAAGAAUGGACAAUUGUUGGGAUUUUCUGUCUAUAGUAGUGGAAUGAGGGAAGAGGAAAGCAGUAAAGCUUUGGUUUGUGCUCCUCUUUUGCGGUGGGGGCAAAAUGCUUAUACUGACGGUGUUUGUUACUUACUUGGAGCCGACUUGAACCAUAAGGGAAUAAUCAAUACAUGCGGGCCUUUGCCGAAGAAGGACAGACAUAAUGACUAUGGAUCUUGUGAACAAGGCUUUUCAGCAUUUAUAGACUCAAAUGUUACUCUUACAGGAAUUCCUGGUGCAAGAAAAUGGACGGGAGGAGUUUUUGCAAAAUACGAUUUUGUUGGGUCUGGAGGUUUUGUGGACUCUGUGGACCGUCGAACAAUGGAAUUGGAUAAAAAUCAGGGAGGUGUGCUUGCAUUGUUGGCUUCACACGAUUAUUUGGGAUAUUCUGUCCAUUAUGGUCGUUUUGGUUUUUCUCAUGAAGACGAAAAGAAUUUUACGGUUGUAAGUGGUGCUACACGUUUCAAUCAAACCGGUGCUGUAAUUUUUCUUCCUUUUCGACGCAAUUUUCAUGCUGAAGAAGGUCCAAAUCUUGGUUUAUUAGAAGACCAUUUUAUUCUUUCUGGGCGUCAAUUAGGUUCUGGUUUUGGAAGUAGUUUGGCUGUUUUGGAUUUAAAUAAUGAUGGAUUUGAUGAUUUACUUGUUGGUGCUCCUUUCGAAUAUUUUUAUGAUGAAGAAGAAAAUGAAAAAGGAGGGGCUGUUUAUAUUUAUUUUUCUAAAGGAAUAAAAUUAGGCAAAGGACAACAAACAUCAAACAAUUUUAUUUUUUAUCCCCCAAUUAUAAUUAGAGGAACAACUAGACAUUCACAUUUUGGGGCGUCUUUAGCUUCUAUUGGAAAUUUAAAUAAUGACAAAAAUGGAUUUAAAGAUUUUGUUGUUGGCGCCCCUUACCAUUCUUCUGGUUCCGGCGCUGUUUUUGUCUUUCACGGCAAUGAACGUGCACACUUUUCAACUAAACCUGCUCAACAAAUUUAUGCCUAUAAUUUACCAAAUAAACCUAAUUCUUUUAAAUCUUUUGGGUUUUCUUUGGCAAAGGGUGUUGAUUUGGAUGGGGAUGGAUAUGAUGAAUUGAUAGUUGGAGCACCAGAAACGAAUGUUGUUAUAAUUUUUCGUUCAAAACCAGUUUUGGAAGUUAAAUUGGGUCAUCAAUUUGAACAAAAACAUGUUAAAAUAAGUACUUCUAGAAGUGAUUGGGGGGAGUGUGCUUUGGGACCAAGCUGUUUUUCCUUGUCAACUUCAAUAUUUUUAUCUGAUCGAAAUUUGACAGCUUUAAAACAAUUAAAUAAAUUGUUUGGUAUUGGACAAUCCCCAUUUUUGUGUAAACUUGAAGUUUUGCCCUUUGCUAGAGGUGUUCUCCCACGUGCUCUGUUUACUUCUAAUGGGGAGAAUAAAAUUAGUUGGCCGUGUGGAUCGAAUGCUGUUACUAGGGAAGAAAUUAGCCAUCAAAAGUUAUACAUUCCGAGCGGAAACGAAGACUGGACAAAUCCUUUACGUUUCAACUUUUCAAUUUCUCUACGCAAACCUCAAUUAACAACAACAAUUAAUAAUAACAACAAUUUAUUACCAGCUAUUAGCCCGGACCAAACAUUUCAUAUUUUUGGAAUUGCUUUUGAUAAAUUGUGUGGAGAUGAUAAUGAAUGUCACACAAAUUUGGUUUUGAGUGGGGCUUUGCUUGAUUUAUCUAAACGUUCUGAUGGAUUAUACCAAGCAAAAGUAACAGAAAAAGAUGUCUUAAUUCUCAGAUUGCUAGUUGAAAAUCGUGCAGAACGUGCUUAUUUAGCCAAAUUAUAUUUGGAAUAUGAUGAAACAGAAUUGGAUGAGCCUAGUGUUGUUAAAAGGGGAGAAUUUAAUUUAAAUGAGCAUAAAGUGGAUAUUGAAAAGAGGGAAUUGGGGAAAGCUGUUUUGGCUUUAGCUAAUCCGUUGGAGGCUGGAGAAAAGCUGGGCUUCGAUUUACUCUUCAAACUUGUCCGAAGCAGUUCAGAACGUGUUUCAGCUUCACUACAAUUUAAAGCUUUUGUUAAUUCUUCUUCUGUAGAAGACUUCCCUAAAGAUAAUUUUUGGAAGGCAGAAGUUUUAUUAAUUAAAGAGGCCGAUCUUCAAUUAGAUGGGGGCUCUCGUCCCCCAAUAGUCCAUUUUAGUAGAGGGAAUUUUGCGCCUAAAGAUGAAUUUGAUAUUGGACCGCAAUUGAUCCAUGCUUAUACUUUAACUAAUAAAGGGCCUUUUUAUGCAAGAAAUGUUACUUUAAAGAUUGAUUGGCCUUUACGUUUAGACACCUCAUCACCCAAUUCUGACUGGCUACUUUAUAUAUUAGAAGAACCCCUAAUUCGGCAUAAUGGCCAAUUUAGACGUUGUCCUAUAAUAAACACUCACUUACCCUCCUCUAAAUUAAUUAAUCCAUUAAAUAUUUACAAUGACGCAACCCUAAAAUUGGAUUAUUAUUUGUCCAAAUCCCCCUAUCGACAACGAAAACCUCGAAAUUUAAUUUUAAUUAAUUCAACAAAAGAAGGGGAGGAAAAUUUAAAAUUAAUUAGACAAGGAUCUAUUCUUCAAUUAAAUAGCCCUUUAUGGCCAAAAUGGAUUAAUGAAGAGUCUGGUGAAAGAGUUAAAGUUGUUGAUAUUAACUGUAAAGACAACAGUGCCCUUUGUGUUCAAUUAACUUGUCAUUUUGACUAUAUUGGAAGUAAUGAUUCUGCUUUAAUUGAAAUUAGAGCUCGUUUAUGGAAUUGGACAUUUUCUGCUGAAGAUUACCGUCAAUUUGAUUAUAUAGCUAUAACCUCUGAAGGUUUUAUUGAAUUGGACCCGUCACAAGGAAUUUUGGAAGAAAAAAGUAAAUAUUUAAUUCUGAUUUUUAUGUAUUCUGAUCCGAAAAUUCUGAUUUUCUGGACCAAAAAUUGA